AAGCUUGCAAUCUCAAAAUUUAUUUCACAAAUAGCCAAUCUCUCUUUCCGAAUCAACAAUUCCACCAAAAGGUGAACAAAGAGAAAUUAGCAGUAGAAAGAGAUGGAAGUAUGAGCUGCAGUUGAAAAUGAAAUCCUCAUUUCUGUUUUUUUUCCUUCUCUUUUCUACUUACUUUUGCAAUGGGAUCGCAUCAACUUCCUCUGCGAUGCAUACUAACAAUUGGGCUGUUUUGGUCUGCACUUCUCGUUUCAGGUUUAAUUACAGACACAUGGCUAAUACUUUGUCUCUGUACAGAACUGUAAAACGAUUAGGCAUACCUGAUGAAAGAAUUAUUCUGAUGUUGGCUGAUGAUAUGGCUUGUAAUUCUCGGAAUAAAUAUCCUGCACAGGUCUUUAACAAUGAAAACCACAGGCUAAACCUAUAUGGAGAUAACGUUGAGGUAGAUUAUCGAGGUUAUGAAGUAACGGUUGAAAAUUUUUUGAGGGUAUUGACUGGUCGUCACGAAACAGCUGUCCCAAGAUCAAAACGUCUUCUUAGUGAUGAAGGAAGCCACAUACUUCUGUACAUGACAGGGCAUGGUGGAGACGAGUUUUUAAAAUUUCAGGAUUCAGAGGAGCUUCAAAGUCAUGAUUUAGCUGAUGCAGUGAAACAAAUGAAAGAAAAGCGUAGAUUCAAGGAGCUGCUAAUAAUGGUUGACACUUGCCAAGCUGCUACUCUUUUCUCUCAGCUUCAAUCACCUGGCGUUUUGGCAAUUGGGAGCAGCAUGAAAGGGGAAAAUUCAUACUCACAUCACUUGGAUGCUGAUGUUGGCGUUUCAGUUAUAGAUCGAUUCACAUUUUAUACCCUUGCAUUUUUUGAGAGGGUGAACAUAUAUGCUAAUGCCUCAUUGGGCAGCCUUUUCAGUUCAUAUAAUCCAAAUAUGCUGAUGUCAACUGCAUAUUAUCGAACAGAUCUAUACCCUCGUCGACUAGAAGAGGUAUCUGUGACAAAUUUUUUCGGUUCAGUCAUGGAGACGAUACACACUGAUUCUGCUUAUAAAGCAUUCACUGGCAAAGAUUCCACAUUAGAGAUGCCUCGGGAAAUCCAGCCAAGACAUACGGCGAACCCUAGCAAGUUCAGAUGUUCAAUGUCCAACCAGUGACUCAAAUAUUGAGGAUCCACAAGAUUCUUGUCCUUUCACACAUUUUUGGAAUUCAAUGAAUGACAAAAUGAGAAAGGUUGAGGGUCUGGAUAGCUUGGUGAACUUUAGCUUGUUGUUGAUGUUUCCGUUGGUGGCAUUUUCCUCUUGGCUCUCAUGUUGAAGGAAAUGUCAACUAUAUUUACAUGGGGAAACCCAGACAAUCCGGCAGCCGUCUUUAGUUGAUAAGUUUGAGUUUCUUGCCUCCUAGACUGUCUCAGAAGCGGAGGCAAGAUAUCAAUUUUUUUGAAACAGCGGAGGCAAUAGCAAUUGAUACUUAAAAGGAGCGCUAUUGGUCCUGCACUAUUUCACUUCCAUGUUUGUUGAAAACAUUGGUUCGAUGCAAGCUGUUCAUCUAAUGAAAAGUGUCCCAGCAGCCAAUUGAGGCGCCAUUGUACUGCAAAAUAGAAAUUAUAGUACCUUUCACAAGUAGAGCAA